CCGGCUGCCCUGGGUGCCAACAACGCCAGCCUGGUUCGCAUUGUCGCGGCGAUUGCGCGCGUCCUGUCGGAGAAGGGCCUACCACGACCUGGUGAUCCUGACCAGGAGGAUCAACCCACCAAAUUUUCUCAGGCGCAAGAACAGCAGCGAAACGGUGUCAAUGGGGCUAAGGCGCCCUCUGUGUACGAGAGAUGUGUAUCUAUUCUCCGGCUAGUUCGGGACAACGGGCCCGUUUUCGAGGCCUGUGUUGGCCAGUUGGAUGAGAAGGAGAAGCAGGCGGUGGCAGAAGCGCUGGCCUAA